AUGGGGGAGGAGGGUUGCUCAAAAACGCAUUAUUUCCCUUACAUGGAAAUCUUGGCAAGAAUAGCUCAAGCGCUUCAGCCGCAGUCUGGUGGUGCCAGCUCGGAUUACCUUUCUCCUCAGACAGUAAACCGAUUGCAGCAGGAUUUCAUGCAGGGUGGCUGGUCGGCAAACUAUCGCUCACUGAUACCGACCGGGCUACAAACAAGUGGUGCCUUUUUCAAUCCGUCAACAAUGGGAUAUGGUGGAUUUACUGGUGGCAACAAUGCAGCACUACAGAGGAAUUUUCCUAUCUACGGAUCGAAUAUGACCAACUACUCAAAAUGCUUGUGA